AUGGUGAUGCUUCAUGUCAGAGCCAGCAGCUAUGAUCCCAUCUUCAAGGCGCCAGUCAUCUUUGCAGAAUUUGACCCACCACAGCAGUAUGUAUCAGUUAGCAGUCCCUGGGACACAGGAAGAAGGUUGUCCAUCAAUGGUCCUGGAAUACUUUAUCCUAUUCUCAGGCUGGGCGGAGUUAAAACCUCCAGGGAAAAGGCAGUAUCUGCCAGGAUUGGCUACUGUGGAGUGUAUCUUCAGAACAUGAGUGGUAAAGACUUGGGCAAUUGUUUAAGUGUGAUCAUGGGGGACGCCACAGGUCAUUACCUUGCUGGAUCGUUUGUAUUUAUCCUAGGUCUUUGGUGGAGUAUAAGGACUAUUUUGAAGUAUAUUUGUAAACAGCAAAAAAGGUCUUCCUCCCUUAUUACUCCCAAUUUUUUCUCUCGAGCAGAAAUUGUGGAGGCAAUUACGAUUAUUGUCAUGGCAUUAGCAGGAAUAAUUGCUCUAUUUUCUGUGCAAGGAAAAACAAAGAUGUUACCACAUAAAGAAAUGCAGAUGGCCAAAAACCUUCAUUGGCAACAUUUUAUUAUGUAUGUAUUCUUUGCAAUGAUUGGUGUGACCAAGAUCUCAUGUUUCACCAUUAGUUCAUUGCCAGUCUCUUUGGUCAAGUUAAUGACAUCAAAUGCUUUCUUUGUGGAAGCUUUCGUCUUCUACAACCACUCUCGUGGCUCGAUAUUGGUGGACAUCUUUGUGCACCAACUGGUGAACUUCAGCGCGUUUUUGACUGGUCUGGCUGCCUUUGUAGAAUUCCUCCUCACCAAGAACAAUGUAGUUCUGGAGCUCCUGAAGUCAAGUUUAACCAUGCUACAGGGGUUUUGUUUCUUUCAGAUUGGUUUUAUCCUGUAUCCCAAAAAUACAGAACAUGCAUGGGACCUGAAUGAUCAUAACAACAUUUCGACUCUUGCCGUAUUCUUUUGUGCUUAUUAUGCAUUGACCUAUGUCAUCAUUGGAGUUAAUUAUGUUCUUGUCAGUUGGUUCAUUAAGUGGAAACUUAGCAAGCCUUGCCCCUCAGAAAUCCAAUUUCUGAAAAAUUAUGAACAGCAAAAUGACUCGGAAGACGAUAUGUGA